CAUCCUAAAAAUGUUAAACAGCUUUCAAUUUUUAACUUUCUCAAAUUUCCCCAAAAAGUAUCUCGAAAACAUUAGUAGACCGUAAACAGCUCGAGAAACCGAGCCAUCAAAAUAUUCUAAUUACAAAGGUUUCACUGUAAGAUCAUUGAAACAUAUAAUGAUCCGUUGAGCCACAUAUUCUACAAUUAGAGAAAGAGAGCGUCGUGCGUAGCAAGAAAAUGGUCGCGAGAAAGCGUCCAGAAUAGAAAGCAUUGUUGGUUAGAAACGAAUAGUUAGGGUCGAUGUUCGUGCGUAAUAAUUCCAUUCUUAAACCGUUUGAAAAACGCAGGCAGGCCAGGUCCAUUGAGAUCCGUUUGUAGGUAGAUAUCGACGUUGUAUCGGACAAGUCGAAAAUGAUCGGCGCAAAAGGCCGUAGUAUGUUCCACAGCACGAUUGCACCGGCAAACGGUGUUUGUAGCAGAACGGUAUUAUAAGCGGCGGCAGCGUCGGCAGUGUGUGAAUAGCGAGCACGUGCAUUUCCCACAGAAAACCAAUAGGGGCCUUGGCCAGCUGGGAAUAUGAACGGUGGCGCAGGGUUCGCCUCUGUCUUUCGAUCUUUUGGGGUAUGCGCGGCUCGAACGGGGACAGAAACGUUGAACGAAGGCUACUCGAGAGGCUCACAAUAUUCAGGCCAAGGAAUAUGUCGAUAAAAGGGCUCGACAAAAGCAUCGCCGCGCCGACUUUCUUCGUCCUUUUUAUCUUUUUAACGAUUUACCACCCGGCUACCGCCAAUUGACGGGUACGCGUUGUAGGUACUGUCAUAUUAGAACCAGGGACACCAUAUGGCGUUUCGAAGAAAUCGAUCAUGCAGUAGUCGGUUUUCGUUGAAUCGGCUGUGACACACGAGCAUCGUGGUCGUUUUCGUCAGAGUUAGCAGUAAAAACACCAUCAACAACGGCGGCGAUAGGCGUUGGGGUGCAGCCCGUGUUAUCAUCCGGCUAUCAUAGCACGGUGCCACCCCAGAACGGGGGUGGUGGUUCGACAUUUAGUGCCGCGGCGAUGGUGGCAGCUGCCACCGCUACGGCCACCGCCACUGCAAGCGUGGUGGCCAUGCAGGACCGCCAAGACAUCCCCUCGCAAUUCAAUCAGAUGCAGAGCCAACAUGGAAUCCCCCACCAAACGUACAACGCAGGGUACGCCCAAAGAGGACCAAUGGCCGGAAUGGGGCCAGUCGGGAUGAGCAACUUUAACAGCAUGGGCACGAUGAGCCCAAUGCACUCUAUGAAUUCCAUGAAUUCGAUGAACAGUAUGAAUGGCAUGAACUCUAUGAAUCCUAUGUCGAUGGGAGGUAUGAACGGUAUGACUGGUAUGAACGGAAUGACCCCCAUGAGCUCCAUGAGUAACAUGGGUAAUAUGGGCAUGAACAAUAUGAUGGGACCUAACAACAUGCAGAUGAACAAGAUGAGCAUGCAGGCUCAACCACACCAGGGCUAUCCAAGAAGACUAGCACCUUACCCAAACCCUGCGAUGCACAUGGCGCAAAAGAGGCAACAGGGUCCUUACCCGGCUCCCAACCCAGCCGCGAUGCAACCAACCUUCAACGGCAUGGCGACGUCGCAGUACCCGACCAAUUACCCCGCGGCAGCGAGGCCGAAUUUUCAGCCUCAGUAUCAACCGAUGCAGAGCAUGAAUCCGUCGGCUGCCGGCUUUGGGCCUAACUCUAUGAUACGAGGCGCCAACAUGAGGCAAACAGCGCCUUCGUAUCAGACCGCGAGUCAGGCGGCAACCAACCAAUACUACGGUAGCAAUGGCAUACCGGUUAGCAUGGGACCUACCACGGUUGGCAAUCAAUUCGUUGGACACCAACCGAACACGGGAUACGCCGGUGCAGCGUCCUCGUACGGGGCAACCGGGGCUGUCACCAGUCAGUACCAACAGGACGUCGCGGCGAUGAGAACGACGGGAGCAGGGACACUGAGUUACCAGCACAGCCCUAUCCCUGGGAAUCCGACACCUCCGCUCACCCCGGCUACGAGUAUGCCCCCUUACAUCAGUCCGAAUCCGGAUAUCAAGCCUAAUUUCAACGAUAUGAAGUCACCGGUUAAUAUUCAGAAGGACGAUGAGUUAAGAUUAACAUUCCCCGUGAGGGAUGGCAUCAUUCUUCCACCCUUCCGCUUAGAACAUAAUCUGGCUGUAAGCAACCACGUAUUCCAACUGAAGUCCACGGUGCAUCAAACGUUGAUGUGGCGGUCCGACCUGGAACUACAGCUCAAGUGUUUCCACCACGAAGACAGGCAAAUGAACACGAACUGGCCCGCGAGCGUGCAAGUAUCCGUAAACGCCACGCCGUUGGUUAUCGAUCGUGGUGAAAAUAAAACGUCUCAUAAGCCCUUAUACCUGAAGGACGUUUGUCAAUCAGGAAGGAACACAAUACAGAUCACGGUGUCGGCGUGUUGUUGUUCCCAUUUAUUCGUGCUACAAUUAGUUCAUCGACCAAGCGUGCGAAGCGUGCUUCAGGGAUUGUUACGUAAGAGGCUGCUCACGGCGGAACAUUGUAUCACUAAAAUUAAACGAAAUUUCAGUAAUACUAUUUCCAAUAACGGUAUACAGUCGGAGAAGGAUGUUGUAGAACAGACAGCACUUAAGGUAUCCUUAAAAUGUCCUAUUACCUUUAAACGUAUUACACUGCCAGCUAGGGGACACGAUUGUAAACAUAUUCAGUGCUUCGAUUUGGAGUCGUACCUACAGCUAAAUUGUGAAAGAGGAUCGUGGAGAUGUCCUGUAUGCACGAAACCUGCCCAAUUAGAAGGUUUAGAGGUUGACCAGUACAUGUGGGGCAUACUGAACACAUUAAACACGGCGGAGGUUGAAGAAGUGACGAUAGACUCGGUCGCGAAUUGGAAACCAGCGAAGAAUUUAACUGGUAUUAAGUCCGAAGAAGAAAGCGAUUGCAAGAGGAUGACGAAGGCCAUGUCACCUGGAAGUAUGAACAUGCCAACGAUGAAUAAUUGGGAUAUGAAUCAGGCAAUGAGUCCGUACAUACCGCCCGACAUGAGUAGCAUUGUAAGCGGCUCUAUGAUGAAUAACACACCAUCCACGUACGCGAAUAAUAACAUCAAUCAUCGGAAUUCGUCUGGAGGAUCCUUCGAUAUCAAUUCCGGAACGAAUACGAAUACCAAUAAUGAUUACACAAACGGUGCAGGUCCACUGUCGCAUCUGAAUGAAUCAGUCAACUCUUUAGACCCUCUCAACGCUAUGGAGAAAUCGCUUAACGAUCAGAUGCCUCAUACACCACAUACACCUCACACCCCCCAUACGCCCCACACACCAGGUGGUGGAAAUAGUGGUCCACCGAGUGUUCCCCCUGCAUCUCAGGAAUCCACGGGAAAUCAUAAUACAUCUGGUAAUACGAGUACAAACAUAAAUAACGAUACUGCAGACAUACCAUCUGACUUAAAUUUCGACCCAGCUGCAGUAAUCGAUGGCGAGGGUACUGGUCAAGAGGCAUUGAAUCUUUUGCCAGACAAUGUUGUGGAUCCAAUGGAACUCCUGUCGUAUCUGGAUCCACCAGAUCUGAACACCCCUCCCAGUAGCGGCGCUAGCAGUGGUAACCCCUCAUCAAGUGACGAUAUAUUAGCACUCUUCGAAUAAAAAGAAAGAAAUAAUAACGGGCAUCUCUCACGAGAAAUAAUCAAAUUGCGACCCUAACGUUAAGACGAGUAAAAAAAGGAAAGAAAAAAGAAAAAAAUAAAACGAUCAACAAGAGACAGGUUUGCAUCUUACUACAAAUAUAUUUCUAAAUCCACGCGGAAAUAAUUGUAGUGAGCGAUUUGAAAAAGAA